CCAUUUCCUCUUCUGGGCCCCUCCAGGACAGGCAUUAACCCCAGGCUUAGGCUGUAAAUGGGGGAAUAAUUGAUCCCCAAGGUCACUCUCUAUCCCUGAAAGGGGGUUAAGGAGACCUUAGAGCCAGAAGAGCCCCAGAAGUCUUGGAGAUGACUCGGCGCCCUUCCGGGCCCCUUCAUGGCUAGGGCUGGAUCGGCUGAGCAGCUGCCACAAGUCCUAGGGAAGCCGGUUAGGCUUUCUGCUUGUUCCUCCAGGGCUUCCUGAGACUGUCAAAAAUCUAGGCGGAGACCCCUAGAAGGGGAGAGGGGUAUGGAAAACCCUAUUUUAGGAGCUCUAACAUCAUGUGGCUUAUUGUGGUUUAAGCUGUGUUGUUUUCCCUCUUUUAUCUCCUUUUGAGGCUUCUGUUUCUCUUUGUUUCCAUGUACAUCUUUCCAUUUCUGUCAGGAAAGCCCUCUCUUUCUAAAUCCAUCUUCAAUCUAUCACUCUCUUCCUUCCUCCUCCACUGUCUCUCUCCAUCCGUCUCCCUCACUAACUUGCUGGGCACCAGCUGAGCCUGGCCUUUCCCCAAACCUGCUUUGCUUCUGAGGAGUGCUUUUUUUCCUCUCGUGCCUGAGCCCCUAUUCUGGGGGCUGCCUGGAAGUCAGGACCACCCUCUGGAGGCAGAAGCUGGUGCCCUGCAGCACCUCUGAGAAUGAGCCCAGCUGGCCUUGCCCCUGGGGUUCUGCAGGAUGGCGUAGAGGACUCAAGUUAAGCAGGAGAGCUGGGCUGGCUUCAGGACCCUGGCUACAGGCACGGUGGCAGCGAGUGGAGGGGCCCCUGUUCCCGACAGAGGGAUCAUGGCCUUCAUGUUGCUCCCCCGGCGUCUGGCCUGUAGCUCUUGGCACAGCCACCUCCUGCUUGCAUCUGGAUCCCGACACAUCGGUCAAGCUGCAGCCAAAAUCGAUCUUGAGUUUGACUAUGAUGGGCCCCUGAUGAAGACAGAAGUCCCAGGUCCUAGAUCUCUGGAAUUAAUGAAACAGUUGAAUAUGAUUCAGAAUGCAGAGGCCGUACAUUUUUUCUGCAACUAUGAAGAGAGCCGAGGCAACUACCUGGUCGACGUGGAUGGUAACCGCAUGCUGGAUCUUUACUCCCAGAUCGCCUCUGUCCCCAUUGGUUACAGCCAUCCUGCCCUGGCAAAACUGGUCCAGCAGCCUCAGAAUGUGAGCGCCUUCAUCAACAGACCUGCCCUGGGCAUCCUGCCCCCAGAGAACUUCGUGAACAAGCUCAGGGAGUCCUUGCUCUCGGUGGCUCCGAAGGGGAUGUCCCAGCUUGUCACCAUGGCCUGUGGCUCCUGCUCCAAUGAAAAUGCCUUCAAGACCAUCUUCAUGUGGUACCGGAGCAAAGAAAGAGGGCAAAGAGGGUUCUCAAAAGAGGAGCUGGAGUCGUGCAUGAUUAACCAGGCCCCCGGGUGCCCUGACUACAGCAUCCUCUCCUUUAUGGGCGCUUUCCACGGGAGGACCUUGGGUUGCUUAGCGACCACGCACUCCAAAGCAAUUCACAAGAUCGACAUCCCUUCCUUCGACUGGCCCAUUGCGCCUUUCCCACGGCUGAAGUACCCUCUGGAGGAGUUUGAGAAGGACAACCAGCAGGAGGAGGCCCGCUGCCUGGAGGAGGUGGAGGAUCUGAUUGUUAAAUACCGGAAAAAGAAGAAGACUGUGGCCGGGAUCAUCGUGGAGCCCAUCCAGUCUGAGGGCGGAGACAACCACGCAUCGGAUGACUUCUUCCGGAAGCUGAGAGACAUCGCUAGGAAGCAUGGCUGUGCCUUCCUGGUGGAUGAAGUCCAGACAGGAGGGGGCUGCACCGGCAAAUUCUGGGCCCACGAGCACUGGGGCUUGGAUGACCCAGCAGACCUCAUGACCUUCAGCAAGAAGAUGAUGGUUGGGGGCUUCUUCCACAAGGAGGAGUUCCGGCCCAACGCUCCUUACCGGAUCUUCAACACCUGGCUGGGGGACCCAUCCAAGAACUUGCUGCUGGCUGAGGUCAUCAACAUUAUCAAACGUGAGGACCUGAUGAACAACGCAGCCCAUGCAGGGAAGGUCCUACUCACAGGAUUGCUGGACCUCCAGGCCCGGUACCCUCAGCUCAUCAGCAGGGUAAGAGGACGAGGCACCUUUUGCUCCUUCGACACUCCCAAUGACUCCAUACGGAAUAAACUCAUUUUAAUCACCAGAAACAAAGGUGUGGUGUUGGGAGGCUGUGGUGACAAAUCCAUCCGUUUCCGUCCCAUGCUGGUCUUCAGGGAACACCACGCUCACCUGUUCCUCAAUAUCUUCAGUGACAUCUUAGCAGACUUCAAGUAGAGAAGUCAUUUCCACUGAGAAAGCCCAGUCUCAACAGUUGUCAAAUUGAUUCGUUUGCCUAAUUCAUGUUUUCACUUACAAGUGUCAGAGGUGAAUGCACAAACAGAAAGGUUAUUUGUGGGGAAGGGAUGUUUUGGGUGGCUAUGGGGACGGCAAGGGAAGGGCUGGUUUUGAGUUUCCUGCCUGGAGAGCCAAUGGUGCACAUUGGUUGAACCCCAGAAAUUCUGCUUGAGCCCUGGACAUAGUCUUGGGAAGGGCCAUGGGGGUCCUGGACAUAUUUCUGCCCACCUGUGACCAACCCCAACAAUCUCUUUGGAAGCCAGGCAAGGGAGUCGCACCUGCUCCUAGGACUGGUAGCCAGGACUCUUGGAUUCUGGUUCAUCUCAGGCAUCCUAUUUGGUGAUCAGAUGCUGGCUUCCCCUCGUCCUACAGAAGCAAUUUCUCUCUCACCUUCUCACCCAGCCCCCAUGCUUCAAGUGCCCCAUCUAAGGUUCAAUGGGACUGAAUGGCUCAUAAGAAGGCAAUGAUAUGGGGACAUGAGGACAGAGCUUGGGGCUGGGGAGGGGGCAUCUGGCCUCCUGGUGAGGUGGACCACCCCUCAGUCCAACUGGGGGUAUCUCUAAACUGUGAAUUCUGUCCUUGAGGGCCUCAGCCCUGGAGGAGCUCUGGGUGGCAUCAUCUAUGGUUCUUAUUCAACAGCCUCCACUUCCCCAACACAUGUCAGCCUGCAGCAGUGUGGGAGGAACCUGCAGCCUGAGUGCCCAGGGGACACACUUGAGCCAAAAGGGCAAAAGCACAAGCCUAUCACCCCAGAAGCAUAGGCCAGAUCCUCUUGGGGUCUGACUUGGGUCCCCUACCCUGGGGGGCUCUCUCCAGCUUCUCCUCACCAUCUUCACUUUGCUUCUCAGCAGAACUGUUCCAUCAGAGGGGCCAUUGCUGGACUCAGUUUCCUCUUGAGGGAAGUGCCAUGAAUUAAAGGCACCAGAGCUCCACACGUGCAAAGGUAGCCUGUUGAUUCAAGGUGGCUUUCUUGUCCUUGCCCCUGAAAUCUGAGCUUUUCUUAAGAUGCCUGAGCCUGGAGACCAGCAGGCAGACAAUAAAAUGCUUAAAGCGGCUGUGACGGAGGCUCCAGUGUCUCUCCGAGAGGUGAGACAUUCUGGGAACUGAUUUGACCUCAAAUGCUCCUACACAGAGCACUUGAUAGUCCUACGGCUAUGAGACAUUAUUUAGAGGGCAGACUGGGGGAGUCUCACUUGGCCUCCUGGUGCCUCGGUUGACUAAUUUGGAAAAUGGGUAUGUCAAGAUUCCUGAUUUAGUAAUUUGCUGUUUUAAUAACUAAUCAUCCAGGGGCCGCGGAUUUAGCUCAGUGGUUCCGACGCUUGCCUUGCAAGCACAAGGACCCGAGUUCGAUCCCCGCUACCAAAAAAAAAAAAAAAUCAUCCAAAGAUUUAGCUUCCACUCUUCCUCAGUCUCAGUCAUCAACCUCUUUUUGUUGAGAAUGAAAGGCACUGACUUAUUUAACAGACAUGGACAGAUCCACCGACUCUGGUUUGCUUUGGACUCCUUUGGUCAGCAGCUCAUCUGCCACUUUUCAUAUGGAGUUCUGCCAUGUUCAAGGUCAUCUGCACUGCCAACUAAUGAGGAUCUAUGCCUCCCUCUCUCUGCAAGGUUUCAUUCAUCUGUGUUUAUUUACAUUCCGUCUUCCCUCACUCAUCAGACUUUCAUGAAAUACCUGCUCCAUCCCAGGCCCUGUGCUAAGCACCAGGAAUACAAACAUGAAAUAAAAGGGACUCACAUCCCAUUGGGAAUAACAGACUCAAACCAAUAAUUAAACCAGAGUGGCAAGUAUAGUAACAGCAAAAGAACAGAUAAGUCAGAGAGAACCCGAAUCCUCCUAAGGGUCAGAGAAGCUUUCAAGGAGAAGGGGACAUUUGAGCAUGGUUUUGCAGAAUGAACAACAGUUCACCAAGCAGACAAGGCAAGGAAGAAUACUACAGAAAGGGAAGAGUAUGUGCAAAGGCACGUAAGUUCAUGGUCUCACACCUUUCAGUAGGGAGCCAGAUUCCACAGACAAUAACCCACGGCUCAAGACCUUAUUCAACAACCAGGAAAAAUGCAAACCAUCAUUCAUUUAUUGGCUUAAGUAUGUUCCUUCUGAGAACUUCAGCACUGGGUGCCAAUAUUCAGUAAGGUUCUUGGAGUCCAAAGGGUUUUCAGCCAGGACACAGCUGGAAACAGUGGAAGGAGUGGCUGUAAUAUUUUGUUCUCUCCCCCUGGGGCACUGACAGAGGAAUGAAAUCAGUUUAUCUGGAAAAUCAUUUCCAGAUUUGUUAUUCACUCCUUAAGAAAGGAAGUUACUUUUAAAAAAAAAAAAAAAAAAAAUUAAGCCAUUUGCCAACAAGUUCUUGUGUACUCAGGGCAUGAUGAGUUCCUGAGACAUCUUCUUUAGGGGACUAGUUUAGCUAGAAUUUCAACAUAAGGAUUUUGGCAGAGCUCAAGAUUACAGCAACUUGGAAGACAUUGGAGGAAACACGGGAAGCCCCGUAGACAGGCUGCUAAGGCAGAGCCCGUGAGGAAGAGCUUCUGUGGCCAACAGCUUCUGUGGGACAUAAACCAUCAUGUGUUAGUACCAUAAAGUUUAGUCAGUGUCUCUAGCAAGUAUUGUCACUUUUACAGAAAACAAGGUCCAAUACUAGCGAGUCUUAGCACAUCCUCCCUUUUAUUAUAAAUGGGUGUUUUUUAUAAUUUUUACUGACACUCAGUAACCAUGCAAAGUUGCGCACAUUAAUAUGUCUACAUAUAUCUAUACCUACCUAUAUCUACAUAUAUAUAAGCUCAUGGUAGAAAACCAUAGCUAGGGAGCAUUGCAGACUUAAUGCAUACCAAGUGAUCUUGUUUACAGUAUUCUGUUGACAGUGCCAAUAAAUAAGGAAAUUAACAUGUCACAAUGUAACUGAUGACAACAUGCACAAUUCCGUGAAUUAAAUGUUUCCUGUGUUAAUCAGUAUUCUUAAAUUAAAAAAUUACUUAUAAUGGAAA